AUGUGGGUCGUGGCCAAGCAAGCCUUUGACCCGACCUGCAAGUCGUUUUGCAAGUUAUCAGACUCGCCUCGCGCCUCGGUGCUCGCAAGUGUUACUACGACACUCUUUCGCGGCCGUAGAGCUGCGGUCAAGACCAACUGGGGGCAGCGGCGCCUCAUCAGGCUCGAGCCCCAUGAGCCUGGGCGUUUGUUCCAAGGGGGUAUUGAGCAGGCAGGGCACUUGAGUGGACUGAGGGCAGGCAGAAUUCUGGCGGUUCUCGAUAUCAAGCUGCAGCCAACUGCUGGUCAGCGCCCAGCAUCUGGCUUCCGCAAGGGCGGCCGCGGGCAAAGAAGCGUGGCGGGCGAGGGGGCAUGUCGCUGUCCAGAUCAAGAGGAGCCACGCCGCGUUAAUUAA